AUGGUGGCCGGGAAUAGACGAGGCACUAGAGACAGCAUGUUGCAGCUGCACCGUGUGCGCUGGAAGUGGCGGACGCACCACCUGCGCAUGCGCCCCGCGCCUGGCCGUGGCCAGAUCGACCGUGGACCAGGAUACACUGGAGAAUUUCAGCAAUUCUUAAAUAAUAAUGGUAUAGAACAUAUAUUUUCGGCACCUUAUCACCCAGCUUCUAAUGGGGCAGCGGAAAACGCUGUUAAAAUUUGUAAAAAGAGCAUUAAAAAGGCGAUUAAAUCGAAAUCCGACGUACACUCCACAUUGUGUCGUUUUCUGCUGGCGUACAGAAACACACCACACUAUACAACCGGGGAAAGCCCCGCCAAGAUGUUAUUAGGGCGCAACUUGCGCAUGCGGUUAGAUUGUUUGAAACCAGACCAGAAGGCACUUAUUAGAGCUCGCCAAGAGACAGUAGAAGCUACAUCGAGUGGCGUCACAAGACAGUUUAAUCCGGGGGACCUUGUAUGGUUCAGAGAAUACCGUAGCUCAAACAAGUGGUCUGCAGGGACUGUUAUAGAGAAAACAGGUAGUACAGAUUAUAAUGUUAAAUCUAUCCACGGCACUGAGGUGCAUAGACACAUUGACCAACUAAAACCAAGAGUGAUAAAUAGGACAGCUAGGCUAGUAGAUGCAAACUUUAGGAACUUUCAACCAGUUCAGCCUGUUAAGAGCUCUCGCUCUUCUCUCGUGUUUCCUUCGGACAAUAAUCGAGCGCCGAACACAGAACCGGACCGGACAAACGGAACCAGCUUGACGAAAGCAUUGGUCGAGGAAACAUCCCGCACGCAAACAGACGGAAGUGAUUUGGUUACAAGUGAACCCUUGUCAACGUCAAGUGUACCUUUAAAUAUGCCCAAGGUGCAGGAGACGGGUAGUCCUAGGGUUCCUAUUACUCGGGAUAUACGAACUAGUAAUCGUACACGCAAACCGGUUAAGAGAUAUGGGGUACAAAUCAACAGCAGCAGGCCACAGUCGAUGUCGUUGAUAAGCCAAUGCGGUGACGAGCAAGUCGCCGGCGAAUACAACAAACACUUCGUUACUCUUAAACAGAUAGGUAAAGGCGCAUACGGCUGUGUCAAAAUGGCAUACCGUCGCUCUGACCGCCUUCUCACAGUAGCCAAGUUCAUCCUUAAAGACAAGGUAGGCGCACAGUUCUGGGUGGACGGGCCCGACGGACGACGCCUGCCGCUCGAACUCAGCCUUCUACUCACACUCAAACACCCUAACAUUGUGAGCGUGUUAGAAGUGUUCGAGAACGAGAAGUACUUCCAAAUGGUGAUGGAGAAGCACGGCGCCGGCAUGGACCUGUUCGAGUUCAUAGAGCGACGUCCCAGACUCGACGAGCCGCUGCUCAGCUAUAUAUUCAGACAGAUUGGUCAAGCAGUAGAGUACCUCCACUCCCUAAACAUUCUCCAUCGCGACAUCAAGGAUGAGAAUGUGAUCAUAGACAACAAGUUUCACGUCAAGCUGAUCGACUUUGGUUCAGCGACGUUCAUGAGCAAAGACAUGCUGUUCUCAACCUUCUAUGGGACAACUGAGUAUUGUAGUCCGGAAGUACUAGCAGGAAACAAGUACGCUGGUCCGGAGUUAGAGAUGUGGUCAAUGGGGAUAACACUUUAUGUGCUAACAUUCUUUGUUAACCCGUUCUCCGACAUCGAAGACACCAUACAAGGACCUCUAGCGUUCCCGCAAUUAGUUUCUGAAGAUUUAGAGCAACUCCUCCGCUGGAUGUUAUGUAAGGAGCCCAGCAGCAGGUGCACUAUCACUCAGCUGAUGGCUCACCCCUGGAUCCGUCAGCCUGUCGCCAUCAGCAACUACGUGUUCCACGAGAUUGUUGACUGCGAUCGUCACGAGGCCAAUCCGGAAAUGUACUUCAGUGGUAGUCUUGGCUCACCUCGUAGCAUUUCUCCUGUGUCGUUAGCAGAUCCUCUCAUUAAAGAGCGCUCGCACCCGUCGGAGCCGCUGGGCCGCUCCGAGGGGCGCGCGGAGGCGGCGCGCGACGCGCACAGGCGCGCGCCGCCGCCGCACGCGCCGCACGCGCCCUCCGCCGAGCGGGACGCGCACUCCGACAACUACAGUCUGCGCUCCUCCGCUGAUAUCCUGGACAUAUCCUCGAAGCCGGUGUCGGACGCAGCGCUAACAGACAUCAGCUCGGACGCUACAGGCCACGCCGCCUGUGACAUCGACUACGACUGCGACCAGUACGAGUGCGACAGCUGGGACGAGUGCGAGCAGGAUAGCUUUUCUUAG